ACCGCACGCGCUGCUCUCCUCCCACGGGCGGAGCGGGCCGGUUUAAAUACCUGGGUAGGAUGCUUCAUCCGGUGGAAGGAUAGUUCAACCCUGAGCAGUUUACCUGUCCCGUCCCGCUAUCUCGUGGAGUAACGUACACUGAGACAACUUUGUAGGAUAUACUACAUCCCGAGUCCAACAUCUACCGGACAAAGACUAAACUUUGAGACCGACCCUCCGAUCACUGACCCUCCAAUCACAGACGACCUUCCUGUCACCGACGACGACCUUCCCAAGAUGGCUGCCGACUCCGCCUCUGACGACAGCAAGUUCCUGCGGCAGGACGACGACUUCAAGAACAGUGGUGUGGGGCAGGCUGAUUGGUCGGCCAAGAAGAUGGUGUGGAUCCCGUCAGAGAAGGAGGGUUUUGAGGCCGCCAGCAUCAAGGAGGAGAAGGGAGACGAUGUGCUGGUAGAGUUGGCUAACGGUAGGAAAGCGACAGUCAACAAGGAUGAUAUCCAGAAGAUGAACCCUCCUAAGUUCAGUAAGGUGGAGGACAUGGCAGCUCUUACCUGUCUCAACGAGGCCUCUGUUCUCCACAACCUCAAAGAGAGGUACUUCUCCAGCCUCAUCUACACGUAUUCAGGUCUGUUCUGUGUGGUGGUGAACCCCUAUAAGAUGCUUCCUAUCUACUCAGAGAAAAUCAUUCAGAUUUAUAAGGGGAAGAAACGCCACGAGGUUCCUCCUCAUAUCUACUCCAUCACUGAUAACGCUUACAGGAACAUGAUGCAAGAGCGUGAGGACCAGUCAAUUCUGUGCACAGGUGAGUCUGGAGCGGGGAAGACAGAGAACACGAAGAAGGUGAUCCAGUAUCUGGCGGUGGUGGCUUCCUCUCACAAGGGCAGCAAGAAGGACACUGGAGCUGAUGCGCCAACACUAGUCAAGGGGGAGCUAGAGAAGCAGCUGCUGCAGGCUAACCCCAUCCUGGAAGCCUUCGGCAACGCCAAGACCAUCAAGAACGACAACUCCUCACGAUUCGGCAAGUUUAUUAAGCUCAACUUUGACGUGACCGGAUUCCUCGUUGGAGCCAACAUCGAUACCUACCUGCUGGAGAAGUCUCGCUGUAUCCGCCAAGCCAAGAUAGAGAGAGCCUUCCAUAUCUUUUACUACAUGGUGGCCGGGGCGAAGGACCAACUAAAGGAGGAGCUGUUACUGGAGGAUUUUGGGGACUACCGGUUCCUGGUGGCAGGUCAUGUGGAGGUGCCUGGUCAGGAAGAUGAUGAGAUGUUCAUAGAAACACUGGAGGCCAUGGAGAUCAUGGGUUUCUCUGAGGACGAGAGGACAGGCAUGAUGAAGGUGGUCUCCACUGUGCUCCAGCUGGGGAACAUUAAGUUCAACAAGGAGAGGAACAAUGAGCAGGCCACCAUGCCCGACAACACAGCGGCUCAGAAAGUGUGCCACCUGCAGGGUAUCAACGUGACAGACUUCACCCGUUCCGUCCUCACCCCCCGCAUCAAGGUGGGCAGAGAGGUGGUGCAGAAGGCUCAGACCAAGGAACAGGCUGACUUUGCCAUCGAGGCCCUAGCGAAGGCCAUGUAUGAGCGGUUGUUCAGGUGGAUCCUGGCUAGGGUGAAUAAGACUCUGGAUAAAGCCAAACGUAAAGGAGCAUCAUUCCUGGGGAUCCUAGACAUCGCUGGCUUUGAAAUCUUUGAGGACAACUCGUUUGAGCAGCUGUGCAUCAACUACACCAACGAGCGUCUGCAGCAGCUGUUCAACCACACCAUGUUCAUCCUGGAGCAGGAGGAGUACAAGAGAGAGGGGAUCGACUGGGCCUUCAUAGACUUCGGCCUGGACCUGCAGCCCUGCAUAGAGCUCAUCGAGAGACCGAACAAUCCUCCAGGUAUCUUGGCUCUGUUGGAUGAGGAGUGCUGGUUCCCUAAAGCCACAGACCUGUCCUUCGUUGAGAAGCUGAUGAACACACACACGGCCCACUGCAAGUUCUCCAAACCCAAAUCACUCAAAGACAAGACUGCCUUCUCUGUUCUUCACUACGCCGGCAAGGUGGACUACAACGGGGCCAACUGGCUGACUAAGAACAUGGACCCUCUGAAUGACAACGUGACGGCUCUCCUCAACAACUCAUCCAACCCCUUCAUACAGGACCUCUGGAAGGAUGUGGACCAUGUGGUGGGUCUAGAGACCAUUACUAAGAUGUCAGAGAGCUCGGCCCCCAGCGCCACCAAGUCUAAGAAGGGCAUGUUCAGGACAGUGGGCCAGCUCUACAAGGAAUCCCUGGGCAAACUGAUGACCACGCUGAACAACACACAGCCCAACUUCAUACGCUGUAUCAUCCCUAACCACGAGAAGAGGGCAGGGAAGCUGGAUGCUAACCUGGUUCUGGAACAGUUGAGGUGUAACGGGGUUCUGGAAGGGAUCCGUAUCUGCAGACAGGGCUUCCCCAACCGCAUCGUGUUCCAAGAGUUCCGACAACGCUAUGAGAUCCUAGCAGCCAACUGCAUCCCAAAGGGUUUCAUGGACGGGAAACAGGCUUGUCAACUAAUGAUGAAGCACCUGGACCUGGACCCUAAUCUGUUCCGUAUUGGUCAGAGUAAGAUGUUCUUCAGAACAGGAGUGUUAGCCCAGCUGGAGGAGGAGAGGGACAUUAAACUGACCGUGGUCAUCAUCGCCUUCCAGGCCCACGCUAGGAGCUUCCUGGCACGCAAAGCGUUUAGUAAGCGUCAGGCCCAGCUGACUGCUAUGAAGGUGAUUCAGAGGAACUGUGCUGUCUACCUGGUCCUGAAGAACUGGCAGUGGUGGAGACUCUUCACCAAGGUGAAGCCCCUCCUCCAGGUGACGCGACAGGAAGAAGAAAUGGGUCAGAAGGAGGAGGAGCUGAAGUCCGCCAAGGAUCUGGCCCAGAAGAGCCAGGUGGAACUGAAGGAGAUCUCCCAGAAACACACACAGGUAGUAGAGGAGCGAGCUAAACUGGAGCAGAAGCUUCAGGCGGAGACAGAGUUGUAUGCUGAGGCAGAGGAGAUGAGGCUUCGUCUGGAGGUCAAGAAGCAGGAGCUGGAGGAGGUGCUCCAUGAGAUGGAGUCGCGGCUGGAGGAGGAGGAGGAGAGAGCCACACAGCUGCAGCAGGAGAGGAAGGACAUGCAGCAGCAACUACAGGCCAUGGAGGCCCACCUGUCAGAGGAAGAGGACUCUCGUCAGAAGCUGCAGCUGGAGAAGGUGACUGUUGAGGGGAAGGUCAAGAAACUGGAGGAGGACGUUCUCAUCAUGGAGGACCAGAAUAACAAACUACUCAAGGAGCGUAAACUGUUGGAGGAGAGAAUAGCAGACUCCAGCUCUAACCUGGCUGAGGAAGAGGAGAAGUCUAAGAACCUGACCAAGCUGAAGAACAAACACGAGUCUAUGAUCUCAGACCUGGAGGUGCGUAUGAAGAAGGAGGAGAAGGGCAGGCAGGAUGUGGAGAAGGCCAAGAGGAAGCUGGAGACGGAGCUGGCUGAUCUCCAGGAGCAGCUGGCCGACCUGCAGGCCCAGAUAGCCGAGCUCAGAGCACAGCUCGCCGCCAAGGAGGAGGAGCUACUGGCUACACAGGCCAGGUUGGAGGAGGAGUCUGCCGCUUGUGUUGCGGCGGUGCGUCGUGUCAGGGAGCUGGAGGGGCUGUUAGGUGAGAUCCAGGAGGACCUGGAGUCAGAGGGGGCUGCCAGGAGGAAGGCUGAUGCAGCCUGUAGAGACCUGGGAGAGGAGCUGAAUGCUCUGAGGUCUGAGCUGGAAGACACUCUGGAUACCACCGCCGCACAGCAGGAGCUACGGGCGAAGCGAGAGCAGGAGGUAGCCAUGUUGAAGAAGGUGAUGGAGGAGGAAGGGAGGAACCAUGAAGCUCAGGUUCAGGAGAUGAGACAGAAACACACACAGACUGUUGAGGGACUGUCUGAACAACUGGAGCAAGCCAAGAGGGUGCGAGCCAGUCUAGAGAAGGCUAAGCAGGGAUUGGAGAAGGAGUCAUCUGACCUCAGCGCAGACCUCCACUCAUUGGCCAACGCCAAGCAGGAAGUGGAGCACAAGAGGAAGAAGGUCGAAGGUCAGCUGUCAGACUUGCAGUCGCGCCACAACGACAGCGAGAGACAGAGGGGGGAGCUGGGAGAACGAGUCUCUAAGUUGACCUCUGAGUUGGACAGUGUGAGCAGUCUGCUGAAUGAGGUGGAGGGGAAGAACAUUAAACUGAGUAAAGACCUGGUCAGUCUGGGGUCCCAGCUACAGGACACUCAGGAGUUAUUGGCAGAGGAGACUCGUCAGAAGCUGAACCUGUCAGGUCGUCUACGCCAGACAGAGGAAGACAGGAACAACCUUCUAGAACAGCUGGAGGAAGAGACAGAGGCCAAGAGAGGAGUGGAGAGACAGGCCUCCAGCCUCAACAUACAGCUGUCUGACUGUAAGAAACGUCUGGAUGAGCAGCAGGGGACGGUGGAACUCCUGGAGGAGGGGAAGAAACGCCUACAGAGAGAUCUGGAGGCUGCCAACUCACAGUAUGAGGAGAAGGUGUGUGCCUAUGAUAAAUUGGAGAAGAACAGGAUCAGACUACAGCAGGAACUGGAGGACAUUCUGAUGGACCUGGACAACCAGAGAACCUUGGUCUCCAACCUGGAGAAGAAACAGAGGAAGUUUGACCAGAUGCUAGCAGAGGAACGUUCCAUCUCUGGUAAGUAUGCUGAGGAGCGUGACCGAGCGGAGGCAGAGGCCAGAGAGAAGGAGACACGGGCGCUGGCUCUGGGGAGGGCCUUGGAGGAGGUGCAGGGCUCCCUGGAGGAGCAGGAGAGAAGCAACAAGGCCCUCAGGGUAGAGAUGGAGGACCUGGUCAGCUCCAAGGACGAUGUCGGGAAGAACGUCCAUGAGUUGGAGAAGGCUAAGCGAGGUCUGGAGGCGGUGUUGGAUGAGAUGCGGACCCAGAUGGAGGAGCUGGAGGAUGAGCUGCAGGUUGCGGAGGAUGCUAAGCUACGUCUGGAGGUCAACACGCAGGCCAUGAAGACACAGCAUGACAGAGACCUGCAGGGACGAGACGAACAGGGGGAGGAGAGGAGGAAACAACUACUGAAACAGGUGCGUGAGCUGGAGGUUGAGCUGGAGGAGGAGAGGAGGCAGCGUGCAGGGGCGACAGCAGGGAGGAAGAAGCUGGAAGGAGAGGUGAAUGAUCUGGAGGACCAGGUGGAAGCCACCAGUAGGGGGCGUGACGAGGCCGUCAAACAGCUACGGAAGAUACAGGCCCAGAUGAAGGAGCUCCAGAGGGAGGUGGAGGAUUCCCGUGCAGCCCAGAAGGAGGUACUGUCCUCAGCCAGGGAGUCAGAGAGGAGAGCCAAGACCCUGGAGGCCAGCUUCAUGCAGCUACACGAGGACUUGGCUGCGGCAGAGAGGGCUCGUAAGCAGGCCGAGACAGAGAGAGAUGAGAUGUCUGAGGAUCUGGCCAGCAACUCUGGGAAGUCUAUGAUGUCCGAUGAGAAGCGUCGUCUGGAGGCUAAGAUCAGCCAGCUAGAGGAAGAGCUGGAGGAGGAGCAGGCCAACAUGGAGAACCUCAACGACCGCCUCCGGAAGACACAGCAACAGGUGGACCAGUUGAGCAGUGAGCUGCAGGCUGAGCGUAGUUCCUCCCAGAGCAGUGAGGGCGCCAGACAGCAGCUCGAGAGGCAGAACAAGGAUCUGAAGGUCAAGCUACAGGAGAUGGAGUGUCAGGGAAGGUCAAAGUUCAAAUCCUCCAUCGCCGCCCUGGAGGCCAAACUACACCAGCUGGAGGAGCAGCUGGAGCUGGAGAACAGAGAGAGACAGGCCAGCGCUAAAGGGAUGCGUCAGAAAGAGAAGAAACUGAAGGAUCUGACCAUCCAGAUGGAGGAUGACAGGAAACAGGCAGAGCAGUACAAGGACCAGGCGGAGAAGGCUAACGUACGUGUGAAGCAGCUGAAGCGUCAGCUGGAGGAGGCGGAGGAGGAGUCUCAACGGGUUGCCGCGGGACGCAGGAAGUUACAGAGAGAACUGGACGAGGCCUCCGAGGCCAACGACGCCCUCAGUAGGGAGGUGUCCGCCCUAAAGAGCAAACUCAGAUAUUAACUAGCCCUCAAACGCUUCUCUGUCUGCCUCUUGCUGAGUCAUCUUUACUUCGGCAAUCAACUUGAUACUCACAUCAUUACUUGACUUGGGAAUCUACAGCAACUCUGCAGCUAAUUCUACUUCUUUUUCUGAUGACACUUUCUCAAACCCUUCCUCAAAAUCUUCCUUAAACUCUUCCUCAGUCUCUUCAAAUUCUUCCUUAAAGCCUUCCUCAAACUCUUCCUCAUAAUCUACCUCAAAUUCUUCCUUAAACUCUUCCUCAAACUCUUCCUCAAUCUCAUCCUCAACUUAAACUCCUCAGACUUUAGCUAACCCUUGGUCUCUCAUUCAUCCUCUGUCUUCACCUCUAAACCCUCCUCUUCUAUAGCAGCCUUUUCUUCCAGCUCUUUAACAGUGUUUAAGGUCUAACCCCAACCAUCCAGAGACAUGUUUCUUACAUGGCUCUGGAAACCAACUAUACCUCUAACUCAACUCAUUUCAUUUCCUCUCUGUCUGAUUCUGGCAUCUCUUCUUCUUCCCUCUCCAAAUUCUAACUUUUUCUUCUCUUCCUCCAAUAUGGCCUUCUAUUCUGCCUCUUCCCUCUGCCUCUAAUUCCAAUAUUUCCUCGACAUUCCCGUCCUUCCCAGGCGAGGAGGAGGAGGAGGAGGAGGGGAGUCAUCUUUCAGCAGCAGUCCUCGUCGCGUGGGGAGCAUUGGGAAUGUCAGCCUCAGUGGGGCUGGGAGCCGGAGGAGCAGAGCUGGGAAUAAUGAAGGGAAUGGUGGGAAUGUUGGGAAUUCUGAGAACACAAACAACGUUCCAGAAGAGGAGGAGCCUCUGUUCUCGUCCACCCCGCCUCCGGAGGACAUCAACGGAACCCGGCCGGAAGAGUAGAGGGACAAAGUCUCACCCCUCCUUUUAAACACUGUCCAUCCUUCUUCCUGUCCUUUCCUGACUUCCAUCAAUACAUCUUUCUAUUUCCUGUCCUUUAUCCCGCCCUCGUUCCCUCUCCUUCCAUUCCUCCUUUUAUCUUUCCCUCCUUCCACUCCUCCCUCAUUCCCUCUCCUUCCAUUCCUCCUUUUAUCUUUCCCUCGUUCCCUCUCCUUCCAUUCCUCCUUUUCUCUUCCACUCCUCCCUUCUUCCCUCCCCCUCCCUUCUUCCCUCCAUCCCUACUAAAAUUCUUAUACCCUGCCCCCUUUUUAUGCAUCACCUGUCUGUGACAAUAGCUUUGAUUGUGUCACCAAAAUGUCAAAGUACGGUGUGAGCUGUUUUAAACUGAAUUUAUAUCUUAUUUCAGAUGUCAUAAUAUAUAUCUGAAGUUAUAUCUUAUUGCACUUAGACACAAAAGAUUGUUUUUCUCUCUAUGCACAUUUAUUUGAUUAUAUUUUCAAGCAGAGGCUAUAUGUUAGAAGAAACUAAUUCUGUAAUGUGAAUUGAGUUUAUAUAGAGUAAACCCAUGGACAAUACUUUCUAAAGACAGCCUGAUAUCUGAUUAAAUCUGUCUUUGUUUUUCAUUCAUAAUGAGUUCCUUACUGAUGCACACACACUACAGUCCUACUACUACUGCUAUGAUCUACGUUGAUUUUAGGUUCACAUAAAACUAUAUUGCUACAAUCAUACUAGCCUCGUCCCAGAUCUGUUUGUACCAUCAUGUCAACUCAUUGUAACUCAUGAUGACAGACAGACUGGUACCCAGGCUACAAUCCCACAGGACACAGACAGACUGGUACCCAGGCUACAAUAGUCUACAGGACAGACAGACUGGUAGCCCGGCUACAAUAGUCUACAUGGCUUUUAGUACCAUUCAGUGUCAAGGGUUAUUAGGCUGAAUUGUUUGUGAAAACACCUAAAUAUAUAUUUUAAAUGCUAUAAACUAUUUUCAUUC